AUAUUUGGAAAAAGAAUCUGAUGAUGAUGAGAUGGUAUAUCAGCCGGCACACGGAAGCCCUGGCGCAAAAGCGAGCAGUAGCGGUGAAGAUGGCGAGGACGAGGAGGAUGACCCGCUUGAUGCCUUUAUGGCUGGUGUUAAUAAACAGGCAGUUCAGGACAAAGCAGAAAGUAUUCGGAAAGACAAGGAGCGCAGUCUGAAAACCGACAAGGAAGAGGAUGAGAAAAACAAAGGACUGGGCCGUGCUGAUAUCGAUGAGGAGGACAUGCAAGAAUCGUAUUUCAGAUUUGUGGAAGAGCGCAAAGCAAAUGCAGCAGAGGAAGAGGAAAUUUAUGAAUACGAUGAAGACGGUAAUAUCAUUUGGACCUGGAAGAAAGUAAUUGAUCCGUUGGAAGCAGUCGAUCACGCUGCAAUGAAUUAUCCAUCGUUCAACAAAAAUUUUUAUCACGAACAUGAACAGAUCAAGUAGGA